AUGUCCACGAAGUCUCUCAGUUCAUCGACGAAAGAGGCGAAAGUAGUCGAUAACCAUCUCAUAGCCUUGGACAUCUACAUGGGGACCGUAUUCCAUGGCGAAAGUAAAUCUGUGUUGGAUGUCGACAUCUUCAGCCCACGUUUCUUCUUUCUUCGUUUCUUCUUCUUUUAUCAAAAUCAUCAUCGCUUUCAGCCUGAUUCCAGAGGCUGA